ACGAUGUAUCGGCUUUUCAAACACAUCGAUGAAUCGUGUGCAAUCCUAAUGGCAGUGCUUUAAAACAAAAAGUUUCGUUUUUCUACAAAGGAUUUCCUAUUAUUCCAUGAAAACAUAAUUAAAUUUUAAUAAAUAAUAUGUAAAUAAAUAUACCGUAUAGAAAACAAUGACUCCUUAUCUAGGUGGUUGGAUUCAUAACUUCACCGUCACGGAUACACAAACCCACAAAGGCGGCUAUACCAUUUAUAAGAUUACAUCAAUUGUUUUCCCAAGGUCCUUACCACAGGCUCUAACAUGCCUGACAACCUGGAAGAGAUUCCAUGAUAUUAAACGACUGCAUCGGGAACUUUCUCGUCGUCAUCGUACUCUUAAAUUACCUGGUCAAUUGCCUGAACCGACUGACUGUAGUUUUUUCAAACGUUUCGAUGCAGACAUCAUACUUCGUCGUAAAGAAUACAUUUUGCAAUUACUUGAUUUUGCAGCCCAGCAUCCAGCUCUUUAUAAAUGCCACGCGUUUACACAAUUUUUCAGCGACGCACAGCACACCGGAGUUGGAAAUACAGCAAGUCGAGGUUUAAACACCUUGACUCCAACGCCAAAUGCGUCACCAUUACAUCCUUUACAUAAGGCGAAUAACUUAAAAGGCGUAGCAAUAGUGGAAAUAUGUGAUAAACUUGAUUUGCGUUACGAUCAGCAUGAAAUUGACACAAGCAUCACAUUAUUGGACCCUCUGCAAAAAACGCCCCAAAAAAAUGGAAAUUUUAAAACUGUAAACACAAUUACAGAGAAUAAAAGUGAUGAUUCUGCUAAAACUACUUCGCCAAUAAAUAAACCUGCAAAUGAACCCAUUUUGAGAACAGAGAUCAUUCCUGAACAGACGGUAUGCAAGGAUUAUAAACGCUUUUUGACACCGAUGGCCUCAAUCGAAAGUGAUGAUAGCGAUUAUAUUUAUGAAGCUGCAUUGGAAUUCAGUAAAGCUGUACAAGCUGAAGCAAAUUUAGACUAUCAGGAGGCACAUGUACGAUAUAAACGGGGCGUUGAACUGUUGCUCAUUGGGUCAAAAGAUGAUUCAAAUGACGAACGGAAAUUUAUAGCAAAGGCUAAAAUUUUAAAAUAUCUCGCACGCGCCGACGAUAUCUAUGAAAAAUUUUUGAAUGGUGAUUCUAACGAUAGAGGUUUUGGUGGUAAAAACAACUUCCAGUUAUCAAUUGAUGUAACGGAUUGUUCAAUCGAUGGUAAACCUUCGGUAUACCUCGAACGUCCGUGGAAUCAUUUGGCCAAGUAUAAAGUUUUAAAAGUACUUGGCGAUAGAGUAAUGCAAGUUUAUUGCGUAACAGAACCUGAACCGCGCACCACAUAUGUGAUGAAAGGCAUUGAGAAGCCCUCCAGUAACAUGCCUACACAAACAGUAUUUUUGCCACAACAUGUGCCAUAUAUGGUCGAUUUGUUGUCACUCUUUCAAUCUGAACAAAAAAUCUUCUUGCUCUUAAAGCACGCUGAAGGAGGAAGUCUAUAUGAAUAUAUCCAGACAUAUACGCCCACAGUAGUUUCGAGAGCAAAUAAUUACUUUUCAGUUCUUUUUCCUGAUGAAACGCAGACUGAGAGUAAUUUACAGCAAAUUGAAGCGGAUAUUUGCAGUAGUGCUAGCAUUGUAAGUGUUCAUGAUUCCGGAUUUGCAGACGAAAAUAGGAGUUCCCGCAAAGUAAAUUCGGAUGAUUCCCCGAAAUUAGCGACUUCGGAGUCGCUAGAGUUCAGUGAGAUAGUACGCACAUCUCAACAGUUGCUACAAUCAGUGUCUAAAACUUUACAUCAAAUCAAACAGUUGGAAGAUCCACCAAACGCGGUGAUCGAAAAAGGUGAAAGUCAAUUUAAAGAGUCUACAUCAGGAACGGCCUCAUAUUUGCCUAAUAGCAAGGAUAAAACAAAACCUACCAAAAUACCGGAAGCUAGUUUAAAACAGUGGGCUCGUGAGCUAGCAGUUGCUAUAAACAGUUUACAUGGCAAAGGCGUAAUAUUAAGUGAUCUCCACAUGGAAAAUUUGCUACUAGGGGCCAAAGGUCAAUUAUUGCUCUCAUAUUUUUAUCAAAAUGAAGGUUUAACCGAUGCCGACAAUUAUAUUCAUAAAGCUUACAGUCCCACAGCAUUAGCCGGCCACUAUGUUGCUCCUGAACGUCCACUAACAUUUAAAUCUGAUUGGUGGAGUUAUGGCAUUAUACUCUAUCAGUUGAUAAUCGGCCUGCCCUUUAAAUCGGCACAUCCUGGCUGUAUAAGUUUGUACGGUUGCGUACAAUAUCCUGACAAUAUUGAAAUCUCGGAGUGUGCCAGAGAUUUGUUGGAAAAACUUUUACAACAGUCGCCCGAGGAGCGGGCAGAUUUUGAGCAAAUACAAGCACAUAAUUUUUUUGUGGGUACCAAUUGGAAGGCUGUUACAGACGCGGGAUUUAGUUGUAACAGUAACGAACGCAAUCGGUGCAAAGAUAGUAGAAUUUCUUAAGCACACGUGUAUAGAUUCAUAUGCGGAGGUAUAGGCCCCUAUUAUGAGUUGCAUUCGAUCUUCGACUAUGGUCGAAAGUGCUGAUCGAAAACGAAUUUGCAUUUCGUAUU